AUGUAUUACAAGAAAGCCUUUUUAACAUCUUUAUUAACUAGUAUCGCUUUGAGCGCAUAUGCUCCGCCUGAACCAUGGGCAACUCUAACCCCAGGUUCCACAAUGGCAGGCGCAACAACCGAUUACAGAACUUCGUUUGGUCUUGCUGUUGUCCCUUUCACUGUAAGUGAAGUUAAAGUCAAAAGGAAUGUCAUUUCACAAAUUAAUGACGGCCAAGUGCAAGUAACGACACAAAAGUUGCCUUCGGUAGUGUCAAAAAUAGUGUCGCAAAUAGGCGACGGUCAGUUACAAGUAACUACAGCAAAGAAUGUUGUUACAAAGUCCAAAACUUCUACCUCAACUGCAACCGCAACUGCAACCGCAACCACAACUAAAAUCAAGACCAAAACCAAGACCAAAACCAAAACUGCCAUAUCACAAAUUCAUGAUGGCCAGGUGCAAGCCACUACCUCAUCCAUCAGCAGUAAGCUCGACCCUUCAAAGAGUAAAUCAGAGCCAGCGAAGAAAUCGAGCGAAGUAACUGUAGUUAAGGUUCAAGCUUGCAAGAAUGCAGGUACUUUGGAAAUAACAUUGCAGGGUGGUGUACUCAUUGAUUCCAAGGGGAGAAUAGGUUCUAUUGUAGGAAACAGGCAAUUCCAAUUUGAUGGGCCUCCACCACAGGCUGGUACUAUUUAUGCUGGUGGCUGGUCAAUAACCAAGCAAGGUACUCUAGCCAUUGGUAAUAGUGACAUAUUUUACCAAUGUUUGUCCGGUACUUUCUAUAAUCUCUACGAUAAAUCAAUUGGAGGCCAGUGCAGCCCGGUUCAUUUACAAGCAGUUGGUCUCGUCGACUGUUGA